AUGGGGACAUGGGGACACUGGGGACAUGGAGAGGUCACAGGGGACGCGGGGACGUGGUUGAUGGGGGAUCCCCUCCCUCUCCCCCAGGCCCGGACCCAUGAAGGUCUCCCCCGCCAUCGUCCUCCUCCUGCUCAGCCACGCGGAGCAGUGGGGACCCCUGAGGACACUGGGUACCCCUGUGGGAUCCUGGGGCAGCGUUCUGUACCCCUUCGGACCGGAGGUGGGGGAUGAGGCCACCCUCCAUGAGGACGACGGGACGAGCCCUGAGAUCUUCCUCCAGGAAAACUUCUCCUUCUUUGGGCGCGCCCACCACUCGCUCUAUGUGAACAACAACGGCGUGGUGUCCUUCGGGACGACGGUGCCCGAGUUCACCCCCCAGCCCUUCCCGCUGCCGGGCCGCCGCCCCUUCGUGGCGCCGUACUGGGCUGACGUGGACACGCGGCUGGGAGGAGACGUCUUCUACCGGCAGAGCCGCGACCCACGGCUGCUGGCGCGCCUGGCCCGGGACCUGGUGCCGGCUGUGCCACCUGGGGACCCCCCUCCACAGCCCACCUGGGCGUUCGUGGCCACCUGGCACCGUGUGGCCUAUUUUGGGGCCGCCUCAGACAAGGUGAACACCUUCCAGGCUGUGCUGGCCUCAGAUGGUGCCACGUGCUUUGUGCUGCUCAACUACGGAGAGCUGCAGUGGACGACGGGCAUUGCUAACCAGGGGGAUCCCCACACCGGCCUGGGGGGCACCCCUGCACAGGCCGGGUUCAACAGUGGAGACGAUGUCCACUACUACAACGUGCCAGGCUCACGCACGCCCGCCGUGCAGAGCCUCGGCCGCCGCAGCAACCUGGGGGUCCCGGGGCGCUGGGCUUUCCGUGUGGACCACUUCGAGGCCACCGAGGGGCCCCCUGAGACUGCUGGCACCCCGCCACAGACCCCCGAGGCCCCCCCGAGUCCGCUGCCACCACACAAGACCCUCUCAGCAUCCCCCAACCCGCCCUGGACCACAGAGGAGCGGGUGUACGUCUGCGGGUCAUGAGCGGGUGACACCUGGGACAUUUGGGGCAGGGGGCUUUCCUGGCAGCCCUCACCCCACCGCCGCAGAGGCUGCGUUAUGAUGGGAACAGUAAUAAACCUGCUGAGCAACACCUGUGUCAGGCGUGUGUGCGCGGACACACGUGGGCAGCAACACG